UUUUCAUUCCGCGAACGAGAGCCGAGCCGUGAAGUGCAGCAAGGCGCACAAUAAGUGCAUUCCCUAGUUCGCCUAAUCAGUGCUAUAAUUAACAUCGGCUAGUUAUAAUUAUCAUCAUUCACUGUUGACCGGGAGUCGGGACACCAGAAUUCAGGAUGUCGCUGUCUGUGCAAGCGACCCCAGCGACACAGCCUCCCUCGAUGGAGGAGGAAUCCUUUAUCAUACUCGGCAGCUCGCCGACGCCGUCGAUGGAAACCAUCUCCCUGGCCGCCGGUCCACCCUCGGUGGCCAGCCAGCAGGUAGCGUCGCCUCCAUCGUCUCUGAAACGCAGUGCUUUGGUAUCGAAAAUGGAGACAUCGACCCAACUGGAUUCAACAACCUACAGCCUGCUAACGACGAACGGCGGUGACCAACAACAGCAGCAGCAGGCUGUGAAAUCGUUGCUGAGUGAUUCAUCCAACUCGAUGGGUGUUGCGUCAAUGAUUGAUGUGUCCGUUCAGUCGCAGCCAAACAGCUUGCGAUCGAUUGAAAAUAAGGAAAACUGUGCACCGCAAAAUGGUGGGGCACGGGCGUUCGAGCUGGGCCCAUCACCAACGGUCUCGUUUGUGAUGGGCGAAACACGUUCCCUGUUGUUGCAACAGUUUCCCAGCCUUGCCCAGGCUUCCAUGUCGGCGGAAGAGAUGCGGCUACUUCAGAAACUGUCCAGCGAGCACGGUCAGCUAAAGGAGAGCCUUCAGCGGGCCAAUGUUGCGAUGCGCAAAAACUUUGCCUCCAUACAGCAGCUCCAGGAUGAGACAAAAACGCGCCGCUGCCAGCUGGAGAGCCGCAUCGAUGAGCAGCAACAACAGAUCGAACAGCAGGAAACGGAAAUUGGUCGGCUGAAGGAAGCGCUCGUUGCCGCGGAAACGGUAGCCGCAGAGCGAGAGAAAGAAAAGGAAGCAAUUCGGGCGGAGCUGCAGGCAGAGUUGGAAGAGAUUAGGCGCGUUCGUGAGAUGGAGCAAAAGGAGGCCCAGCAGGAGGUGGAUGAGCUGCGCAAGGUGGCUUCCGAACGGCAAGCCAUCAUCCAAAAUUUGGCCUCCAAAAUCGAGAAUCUGGAGCUGCAGAUCAAAGGGUUCGUCGUGGUGAAAACAAACCAACCGGAACCGGGCGAUGGGAACGCCAAGUUUGUACCGAUCGAAACGCACCAGCAGCAGGUGAAGGCAUUGGAACGGCGAAUGUCCGUCGAGGUGGCAAAGAAUCUGGAAUUCGAAGACAUGAGAAAGCUGUACGUCGAUGAGAUUAACUGCUUGAAAGCCAACGUACAGGCAGCGGAAAAGGUUUACACGGCAUCCCGCGUCGACAUGCAAAAGCUGUACGAUGAGCUGAAGGAACGAGACACAACGAUCGAAAAACUGCAUGCCGAUGUACGGGCCGCCACCGAUCAGAUCAUCGUGCUCGGGGCCCAGUCGGAGAUUUAUCAGAAAGAUUUCGAAGCUGAACGGACGGCUCGCGAGGAAUUGGCGAGCGAGAAGAGUCGCAUUCUGGCGGAAUUCGAAGUGCUUCAGCGUCAAAAUGCAGAACUGACGGCACAACGAAACGCCCAGGAACAGGCACAGACAGCCGAAACGGCUGCACGGAUGGUACAGCUAGCGACCGAGGCUGCUAAUCCAGCACCGCGUGCAGAACCGUCGCCUCCGACAGAACGAGAAACCGAACCGCUGAGUUUACUGCGCUGUCCCCUGUGUCUGAAGGGUUUCCGUGAUUUCGGAACACUCCAGAACCACGCAUCGGACUGUAUGGGGGCCGAGUAGUUGCACUAUGUAUGAGAAUUAUUGUUACUAACAUACUAUUUCCCAUUAACCGAGUUUAUAGGCUCGCUAUAUUUUGAGGCGCAAUAAACUAGAUCCCACAGCUAA